AUGCCUCGCGUGCCUUCCAUAUACGCCGACACCUUCUACGAGCCUCUGACCGACGACGUGGAGUCUCUCCUCGGCCGCUUCCAACACGGCGACUCGAUCCGCCUGGAGCGCUUCACGGCCCUGUGGAGGGACGCCGGCUUCUCGGACAUCUUCUUGGGUAUCGCCGGCAGGAGCGAGAUGAGGAGAUUCUGCCGAGUGACCCUGGCCACGGCCGUCAAGUACUUCCUGCCGCCUUACUGCUACCAGGUUCGGGUCGGGGGGCUGUACCUGAUGCACGCCUUCUACCACACGCAGCUCGCCGUUCCCCCGGUGCGGAUCCGCCUGGCUCUGCGGGACUGGGACGACGUGGAGAAGUUCUUGCGGGACUCGGUCGCCUGCGGCCACUUGGACGUGCUUUAUGUCUACCGGAAGCUGGUCUCGGGCAAGGCGGUGGACUACACCGCCAUGCCGCAUUCGCUCGUCUUCCAGCGGCCGAAGAAGGCCAAGGGGCAGCAGGUGUGCGCCGGCAUGCUGGCCAGGGCCACCGCGGUCAAGGAGCUGCUCACGGAGGACUACCUGGAGGAGGUCGCCAACGUCCAGAGCCACUACCGCAAGAUGAAGAACGACCUGGCGGAGGUCCGCCUCCAGGCCACCAUGACCCAUGCAGACUUUGCCUCACGGCUUAAAGACACUUUGAGCGAGUUCCUCACAUGGCAGCAGAAGACUUUCAACCCAACCAAAGACGGCCGUAAGGAUGAGGAGGAGUCCACUGAAGGGGGGGCCUGCCGUAGUCGGGCCACCCUGCUGGCCUCCAUCAAGAAGCGGGGCUAUGGCCACGAGCAGGGGGGCUCCAAGUCCAAGAGGCGCCGUCAAGAGGCGGCGGCGGAUUCGUCCGGCUCGGGCCCCGAGUGGCAGGGUCCCAACAAGACGGCCAGGCCCCUGUCACUGAGGGCCCGCACCUUGAAGACUCUCGGAAAGAACGCGGAGAAGUCAUAG